CACACCUCCACUCCCUGUCAUCUGUUUGUCCUCUCCCUCAGAGUCAGUCUCCAACAGAGGCAUGACAGGAAAUUAGUGAAAGAGAAGACAAUGAAAAUCUACAUUUUUUCCAUGACACUUGCUCUGGUUUCAGGUCUGAGGAACGCUACUACUGGGCCGGAGGAAAUAAAAGCAGGCAUUAAGACAACAGCCAACCCUCAGUAUGAAGUCUAUCAACACCAAAGCACCAAAAAGAAUGACAUGGAACAAUCCGACGUUCCCCAUGACUGCAGACGUAACCCUUGUAGAAAUGGUGGCACUUGUUUCAGGGAAUGUGACCAAUGUCCUCAACGCUGCAUCUGCCCUGCAGAAUUCAUGGGGAAACAGUGUGAAGUUGCCAAAUGCUUUGAUGAGACUCUGUAUGAAUACUUUGAGGUUGGAGACAGUUGGGCCAGAAUCUACCAAGGCUCAAUACAAGCAUGCACCUGUGUUAACGGCAAAAUAGACUGCCAUCCAGAAAUGUAUACAGACUGUCCCUCCGACCCCUGCCUGCUCCGGGGCAGCCGCUCUUGCAGGAGGACGCUCUUCUCGGACACCACCAUCUGCAUGUGCAGCCACCUCUUCAGAGGGAGACACUGCAACCUGGCUCCAAGUCAAAGCUGUUAUUUGGGUAAUGCGACCAAUUACCUGGGCCUGGCCAAGAAGACCGUCUCUGGAGAUGAUUGCCUUCCAUGGACCUCCGACCUCCUCUCCUACAACGACCCUCAAACAAACACGGUGCAGCUGGGAUUGGGCUCCCAUUCCUACUGCCGAAGUCCAGAUGAGGACGAGCAGCCAUGGUGCUAUUUCAUUAAGGACAGCGGGCUGUCUUGGGGAUACUGCAAUGUGUCAUCAUGCCGAAGCGGGCGCAGGCUGCUGCCGCCACCGCCAAACUUUCUCCCAGAAGCUGUGGAUGAGUUUGCCAUGAUCAAGAAGUCGUGUGGGAGGAGGCACAAGAAGCAGAAGUUUGUAAGACCCAGAAUUGUGGGGGGAUCUUCUGCCUUGCCAGGAUCCCACCCCUGGCUGGCCAGCAUAAACGUCGGCAGGAAUUUCUGUGCCGGAAGCCUUAUUCGCUCUUGCUGGCUGGUCACAUCGGCCCAUUGUUUCGCUAACAGCCCGCUGACGUCAACCGUCCAUGUUGUUUUGGGACAACAUUUUUUCAACAAAACAACAGACAUCACUCAGGAAUUUAAGAUAGAGAAGUACAUCAUGCAUCCUGACUACUCCGUGUUCAACCCAACUGAAAACGACAUUGUUUUAGUUAAACUCAAGAAAGUCAACCAACGCUGUGCAGUGAGAUCUCGAUUUAUUCAACCCAUAUGCCUGCCAGAAGCUUCCAUGUCUUUCCCAGACCACUACAAAUGCUACGUUGUCGGAUGGGGAUACUUGCAUCAAAAUUCAUCCAGAUACUCCAAUGUGGUGCAAGAAGCAUUAAUUCCGAUUAUCCCAGAUUACAAGUGUCAAAAUGCGGACGUUUAUGGAGCUGAAAUCAGUGAAAAUAUGUUCUGUGCUGGUUACCUUGACGGCAGGUCAGAUGCUUGCCAGGGUGAUUCGGGGGGGCCCUUGGCCUGCGAAAGGGAUGGUGCCUUUUACCUGUACGGCAUCGUCAGCUGGGGUGACGGUUGUGGCAAGGCCAGGAAGCCGGGAGUCUACACCAAGGUGACAAACUACGUCAAUUGGAUCGAGCAGGUGAUCCAGCGCCCGCCCAAAGGAUAAUCAGGAUGCCUUCGUAGAGGGAGCAUCCACCUUCGCGGGGUGCACCGAUGGUGCACCGCGCACUCUCGAGAAUAAACGCUCUUUCUACCAAACAUUUUCUUUUUCUGGUGCUGGCAGAAUGAG